UCAUCUUUACUUUCAUCAGGUUGAAAAUUUGGGAAAAUAUCAGUAUCAUGUCAAAUGAUGCCAACAGGCACAAGGUGUUUUACACCACCAGAGUGAGAACUACGCUGAAGAAUGAUGGCUGUUGGAUCAAGAACGCACAAGAGGAAACAGAAGAGCAAUGCAAAGCAAGAAGUGACCAUGCUGUGGAGCUCAGACCCGCUCCAGUCAGACCGAAUUCAUACGUCCUGUCUACAACCAAGAAAUUUGAGCUCCAAGCACCCAAAGAAGAACUUACCCAAAAGUGUGUGGAACAACCAGAAAUAUCAGUUGCCAACAAAUCUGCAGAAAACAAGGAGGAAUAUGCCGCUGCAGUUUACCAGUCAAAUGUGCAACACAAUGACGGGGUUGCUGUGGUUUAUGCAGAGGUUCAUUUUGCUGAGCAACCAGCUGCCAACACAACUGUAGAAAACAAAGGAGAACAUGCUGAUGCAACAGUUGGGCGGUCAAACAUAGAACACAAUGAGGCCAAGGUCUCUGCAGAUGUUCAUGUGGAAGAUCCAGUUGCAGAAUCUUUCGCUGCGGCUGGCACAGAGGAGAGUAAAGAUACAGCUGAAGUCCCUGCUGUGCUUGCAUUCAAACUAAAAUCUCAAGAGGAUCCUUCAAGCAAAACAGAGCCCGAAAAUGCAGUUGUAGAAACAGCUGUUCAACCUGCAGGGGGCAGUUAUGAGAAAAGUUCUUCAGAACAGGCUGCAGAUGACAGUGUCGAAGCUGUAGCUGAGGUUGUGGCACAGUCAUCAUCUGAAAAAAGUGAAGUGGCUAAUGCAACACCAAGAAAAGAGGCUGCUCUCCCAGACGGUGUUAAAGCUGUAGCUGAGGUCGUGGUCAAGUCAUCGCCUAAAACAAGUGACGUGGUGAAUGCAACACCAGGAAAAGAGGCUGCUCUCCCAGACGGUGUUAAAGCUGUAGCUGAGGUCGUGGUAAAGUCAUCGCCUAAAACAAGUGACGUGGUGAAUGCAACACCAGGAAAAGAGGCUGCUCUCCCAGACGGUGUUAAAGCUGUAGCUGAGGUCGUGGUCAAGUCAUCGCCUGAAAAAAGUGACGUAGUAAAUGCAACAUCAGGAGAAGAGGCUAUUCUCAAAGGCAAUGUGGAACCAGUCCCUGACUUGGUGGCGGGUACUGUGCCUGAAUCGCCUACUCAACCUGCAGCUGAAACUGCAGUUAAGUCUCUAGAGAGUAAAGUUGUGUCAGCAGCCGAAGCUGAAGAGGUAGUUGAGUUUGAAGUUGCGCCUGUUGUCAACACUGUUGUCGAGCAAAGUGUUAAGCCAACACCUGAGAGACCAGCAGAUGAUGUGGUGGAGUUGAACAUCGAGAAUGCUGUUGAACCCGUCACAGCUGUUCAGGAUAAGUUCUCUCACACACCCGUUGAACUGUCCGAAGCAUUAGAUGCUGAGCCACUGACAACUGAAACUUCUCCUAAACCUCUAAAAGAUUCAAAACAAUCCCACACUGAGGAAACCAAGCCGAACCAACGCUCUGAGCAUACCAACACAUCUGAAAUAUUUAAAAGGUCCAAGGAGAAGGAACAACCCCCUCAAAAACAGAAUGUCACCAGGAAAACCAAUAUUUGUUCAUUUUGUGACAAAAGAAUUGAUGGAAAUGUCAAGCUCCUUCUCAGUGAACCUGAGGUGAUCUGCCACCCUGACUGCCUAAAGUGUGGUGUGUGUGCUAAGGUCCUGGGAGAUCUGCUGACCACCAUGUUCUUGCAUGGGCAAGAGGUCCAAUGUGGUGCCUGCUUUGCAAAAACUCUCAAGUCUGAAGCUUAACUGGCACAAAUAUGUCCCCGGAGACACUUAAAGCUAGUUGGGACUGAGGACGUCACCCCUUUUUUUUUUUUACUAGUGAAUGUUUCUUUUAGGACAUAGUCAGGGUUACAAAU